CCGCAUUUUCUCUCUCUCUCUCUCUGCGGCCUCUCUCUACUUCUACUGACUGCCCCUUCUCUUUGCCCCAACUCUGGGUCUCUCUGUGCCCCUCUCUCUCUCUCUCUCUCUCUCUCCCCUCUUCCUCGUCCCCCGUCCCGGGCAGCCCAGCCUCGCCUGCCUGCCCUCGUCUCCCACCACCUCAUCACCCAUCGCCCUCGUCUGGGGCCCCCUCUUCUAUCAGCCCCCCGCCCACGGAGAGAGAGUCACUUCGGUCCGUGAGUGAGAUUGCAUCCUCGCUGCUGGUCUGUCUGUCUGAUCGUCCUCCCUUCUCUCUCUCUCUCUCUCUCUCUCUCUCUCUCUUCUCCAUUCUUUCGCUCUUCCUUCCUUUCCUCUCUCUCUCUCUCCUCGUUUCCCGUUUCGGUGCUGCUCCCUUUUCAGAGAGGUCGUGUUCGAGGGGCGACUCUCAUUGCUCUUUUGCCCGCGAGCCCCCGAGGGCGUCCGAGAGGUGUAGGCUUCUUCCUCGUCCGCACCACUCUACGACCACCACUUUACUUACUCUCUAGUCCUUAAAGUCUCUCGAGAGGAGAGGAGCUUCGGAGCCCGCCCGCUCACGCAGCGAGUUAUAUUGGAGUGAGCGCGCGCGAGAGAGGGCGAGAGAAGAAAAGAUACUCCGAGUGUUGUUGUUUCUGUGGCCGUCCGCCCAGCGUCAGGAGAAGGAACGGGGCGGGCGCUCGCUCGCUCGCUCUUUCUUUCUUUGCUGCGCUGCUCUGCGCUGUGCCGGGCGAGUGAUAUAUGGUGCCUGUGUGUCGGUCCCACUGUCGUGCGUAAGCUUGCCUGCGGUUGUGUUGCAUGCACUCGCCCGCCCGCGUGCUCAGAGCCUUGCUGCCGCUGCCGAGAGAAAAGGUCGAGCGAGGGCGAGGGCGAGAGCGAGAGCGAGAGCGAGAGCUUCAGCCUUGGACCGCUUGCGAGUAGAGUUCGGGGCGGAGUUUAGGACUGUUAGGUGGGCGAAAUUUCGUCAAUCACUCACUGUAGCGGUAUCGAUUCUCGGCCGCAGAGGCACGGGUCAAUGGCAUGCGGCAAGCAUUCCAGAUCUAGGAAUUGAGUUCCUGGCAAUUGGCACGAACAUCCAAGAUGUCGGGAGGCGGCCUGCGCUGUCGCUCGCGGCCUGCGAACGCAGCUGCGUAGCGGAUCAUUGCGUCGCCAUAUAAGUGCCCCCCCCCCCUGAGUCGCCCCGAGUUGACCCGUGGUGGUGGCCCAGUGGACGGCCGACAAACAUGGAGCGAACAUCGAAGUCUGUUUCGGUCAAUCGGAGUUGAGGAGUGAAGGCAACAGGCUUAUUAGUGAGCAGCAGUGGCCGACGAGCAUCCGGGAUACCCAGCAGGUUUCACGAAUCUAUUCACCCAAAGGUUUUGCUGCUGGUCCUGUGUGUGUCACGUUCGCAUUCUGGCAGCGAGGAGAGUGAGCUGCGGAGCCUGACUUGGGUCCUUUCGCUCUGCGGACUAGAUAUAGCAUUGUAGAAAAAAAUCGCCUCCACGGGAUCUUGGCUUUGCGAAGCAGGUAGGACAGUUAACAUCCAGCCCAUUAAUCGGUCGAGCUAGAGUUCUCUCUCCACUUCAUGGAACUUUGGUCCGCCGCGACCACCUGAGGGCUAGAGCAGACUUUUUACUGUCAGUGGUGUAGGAGGGAACCAUCGGGCGACCUGGGAGCGACUCGGGGAAAAAUGAGGGUGCUGAGCAACAACACCGAGGAAGGGUGACUUGGGCAUGUGCUUGCGAGGUGAUGGUGCAUGGGGGAAAAUAACAGAAGGCUUCUCUAGUAUGUUCUAGGUCAUGAGGUUUCAGAUUCUACUCAUUGAAGAUCAGGGGUCAAUGAAGGCCGACAACAAGUUUUUGUCCUCACACUCGCCAAUCACAUGAGCUACAUCCCUUUCAUAUCAAUGAUCUAGGAGCACCAUCGUAGUAAUGGCCCUCGACGUUCAGAGAGAACCUCAUUCCACUCACUGAUAUCAUUCCAACAUCUUGUCCUGCACGACGUCGUGUAUGUUGCCGAAGAGGCGAAGAAGCAUCUGACGCCCGAGACGGGACGAGUCGAUCCGGCUCCGCAGCUCCGACUAAACGCAACCUGUCGGAAGGAAGGAGGAAGGAGGAAGGAAGAAGGCGGGGUUGCGGCUGGCGGGCGGGCGGGCGAAGGAGGAGAGGAAGAGAAGAAGAAUGUUGGAUGGAAGGCGGUUGUUGAUGGUCGCAUGAGAGCAGAAACACGGGACAUGCCACCUCGUCACGCUACUCUCGUCGCCGCUACACAGUUUCCCAACGGAGGUCGUGUGCUAAGCGAGAUCACAGGUGGCGAUUACGUCAUUUAACUGUCCAAGCCAACCGAAGCGAAAGUGCUCUCGAGGUGCACAUUUUGCUUCUGAAUGCAGACGAGAGCCUGCAGCAAUCUCGCGGGCUUCCUUCCACCACUUCGUACUGCACGGAGCCAUCACCUUCAGUAUGAAAUGAUCGUUGUCGUCGAGACCCCCACCAGUACCACGGAUUGAGAGAUCCUUCUCACUGCUACUACUGAGUGGCCACGCGAUUGGAGUUGUCGGAUUGGGCCCAAGCUUCCGUGACCAAUUGCUGACAAAGACCCACAUCAUUCUCAGCUCGAUUGCUCUGCCUGCCCUCCACUAUACUUCUUUCUUUCCCUGCCGUCCGCUGCUGACUUAUGGGAUGAACCCUUCUGAUAAUAACUCGGAGCAGCAAGGGGAACCAAGUUGGCCGACAGAAAAUUGGGAUCAACCAGGAGUGGCAGGCCUGGAAAACAGUAGACCGUACACCGGAAAUCGUCUUGACUGGGACUGGGAUAAUCCAAUGAUCCUCGCUCAGCACCCCGGUGGUGGUGCAAGUGAUGGUGAUGCUGACAGGAAGUCUCCUAUCACUGGAUCUAUGGCCUCCAGCCUUCGCGCCUACACUAGCGGCAUUCUAUCAAGUGGAUUUCCAUCCAACUUUUCACAGAACCCAAUGGGAAUUUUCAGCUCAUCGGGAAUUCGGAGCUUUGCAGGUAUGGACUCGACGAGCAUUUCGACUUCUUCUGGAAUGCAUGGAGCAAUGAGCUCGGCGAGCAUCCCUGGAAUUCCUGGCCUGGCCCCUACAAGUGGGGGCCACGGAGAUAUGAGGCCCUCUAUGGAUCAAAGGCGGAGGUACUUUGGAGCGAUGGAUCUGGACCAGAAGGGUCACUCGAAUGAAAUCCACGUUAAACGCGAGGAGGUAUGUGCUGCAGACGGACAUGGGGCCCGUAUCGGCCUUAAUCUUGGAGUUCGCACGUAUUUCUCAACCGAGGAUACUGCAGCAGGCCGACUUGGCAAGCGGCAUCGAUCGAAUUCUCCAGGUUCCCAAGUCCCGAUGUGCCAAGCAGAGGGCUGUAAAGCGGACCUCAGCACGGCCAAACAUUAUCAUCGAAGACACAAAGUUUGUGAACAACAUUCUAAAGCUCCCAACGUCAUCGCAGGAGGCCAAACGCAGAGAUUUUGCCAGCAGUGCAGCAGAUUCCAUUCGCUCUCCGAAUUCGAUGAGGGUAAACGAAGCUGCAGAAAACGACUUGCAGACCACAACAGGCGCAGACGCAAGCCACAGCCCACAGCUUCCACCGGUGGAACCACUGCCGAGUCUGUAGCCUUGAAGAGCGAGGACCAAGACAAUCGGACUUCAGCGUCAACAGAUGCGAAGUCAAUGUUAAUGCACCUCAAAAAGUCAGGGUCUCCAAGCUCGACAUCUAUGGAAGACUCUGAUGAUAAAACAGGUUCUGCGGGGAAUAAUUUGCAACUCCGAACUUCAACGGGUUUUGGCCGAAAUGAAGAGCGGCCUCCCCAUGCAGUGAUGCUUAAUUCACAACCUAGCCCUAUGUCGGGAUCUGAUGCUCAAGCCUUACUGUCAGCCAUGUCCAUUGCCCCGCCUGUCAUUCUUCAAAGUGCCAAGCGUCAGUUGUCCAUCCUCCCUGGCAAUUCACAGGAGGCUGCUGUUUAUCAGCAGUUUUUACAGGGAGUCGGGCAAAGUGGCCCCAACUUGUCUCUUUCCUCGUUAGGCGGAGGAUUAGGCCUUGGAAAUCAGGUCCAGAGAAGUACAUCUAGUCAAAAUUACAACGGGAUUGACCCUGUUCCUCCUGUUCCAUGGUUGUUAAGGCCCAAUGGAUCACGGUCUGACUUGACACAGCAGACGGUCAACAGACCAACGAUGAACCUUCAGCACCUUAUGUCUGAUAAAAAUGGUCAGGGAGCAACUCAUCAAGUCACGUCUGCUGGUGCCACAUCUUCAGCACAGGUAUACUCCACAUCGAUCCAAGACCUGCUCCCGAGUAUGCACUCGCGAGAUAUGAGUGGGUCGGAUUGGAUGUUAGGCAAUUUAGCGGGGCAAAACCGAGACAGCUCUGCCCCAUUCGGAUCCUCCACUUUAAACAUGUCAGGAGGGCAGUUAGAAGGACAUCAGAUGCUGGCUCUUCUCUCUGAGAACCCAGCUGCAAUUCGAGAAGGGACUUCUGGGAGUGGCCAGCAGGCACGUGCUGUGGAGUUCUUGCAACAACAUGGAAGUGAUGGUGGGGAUGGUACUCGCGCAGGUGGAACUGAUCUCAAGUUCCCGGAGCUGCAAGCAUUGAGACCGGGACCGGGGAGCUUUGGAACAUCUAUCUAUGAUUCCCACCAUAAUAUUUUGUAAGAUGCAACUUGAAACGCAUGUGAAUUUUUGUCUCUGCAGGACUGGAUUUUCAUAUUCCAUGGUGUGAGGAGUAUCUGGUCGUGAUCCAUGGCCCAGAGUGUGUUGUGGCUGACCGGGAUCGGAGCAAGCUAGUGGAGUGGAUGAGAAGACUGUCCCGACUCUAACCAGAGCACCAUCCCGAUUUGAUACAGCAAUGUUAACAUUAGGCUCAAUUGAAGUUUGUGAGUAUAGAGGACCAAGACACAAACAAAAACACUCAGCUGUGGUGAAUCGCUUAAAACGUUAUCGGCACUAUAGUUUGAAAUCAAGAGGACUUUUCAGACAGAAGACUUUUCAGAGUCAGUGUUGUGACAUUUAUCUCUCAGGCCAGAGGACUUUGUAGGCAUAGGACUCAUAAGGGGCAGUCUACGCAAAAUCUCUCUUUGCUUCAUUGACUUAGAACACUGUACUUAAAAACACAUUAGAUUUAGAUGUUGGCUCAUGUCUGAACCACUUAAAUCACUGUAGGCUUGACUUCAGUUUUGCAGCUUUGAAUGAAUCAAAUCUCGGUGGUUGUUGUGGAAGUCUCUUGUAUUCC